AUGAAUGGUCAAAAUCAGCAAAAUCAAUUAAAGAAUACAUUAAACGAUGAAAAAAUAUCGGUCAGAAUCAAUGACAUUAAAAAAGCUUCAUGUAUUAUAAUUCAAGUUGUUAGCAAUAGAAACAAGCCUCUACAAAAACUUAUGAAUGCUUACUGCGAGAAAGAAGGUAAGGAGUUUAGUGAUUUAAGAUUUCUUUACAAUGGAGAACGAUUGCAGCCAAAAAUCACUCCCGAAGCUUUAGAGAUGGAGGAUGGAGACUGUAUUGAUGUAAUGAUUGAACAGUAUGCUUGGAUUGAUAUCCUAUUUAGACUAGAAAAUAGUGCUGAUAUUAAUCAAACGCGAGGUGCGUUUGGUGAGGUUUUGAAGGCAUACUGGAAAAAUGGUGAAAAGGUUGUUGCUUUAAAAACGCUGCUUGAUAACCCCUCUCAAGGAGCUGAAGAAUCAUUCGACAAUUUUGUUCGCGAAGUAUUUAUAUUUAAUAUUUGA